AUGUCUGAAACACCGAAGGCUGCUGCAAAGGGUGAUACGGGAGGAGCACCCGAGAAGAUGGAAGUAGAGGAGGCCUUGGACGAAGAGAUUCUUCGUAUGGCCCCAGAAGACCUGAAGAGCCGAACCCAUCUUUUGGAUAACGAAAUUCGAAUUAUGAGGAGUGAAGUUCAACGAAUCAACCAUUCUGUUUCGAUGCUGAAAGAACGUAUAAAGGACAACAAUGAAAGAAUUAAGGUUAACAAAACACUUCCUUAUCUUGUUUCAAACGUUGUUGAGCUAUUAGACUUGGAAGACAAUCAAGAGGAAGAAGGUGCGAACGUUGACUUGGACGCUCAUAAAACAAAGUGUGCUGUUAUAAAAACAUCAACAAGAGCUACAUACUUUCUCCCUGUUGUCGGAUUGGUCGAGCCUUCUGAGCUGAAGCCUGGAGAUCUCGUUGGAGUAAAUAAAGUAAGUAUCAUAGACAAUGCCGCAGAUAAACAUCCUCGUUCUCUAGGUGCAGAAUCAGCAUUCGAUUCACUGCAGGUUGAUGAGCGACCAUCUGAGCAGUAUUCUGAUAUUGGAGGUUGUGAUAAACAGAUUCAAGAACUCAUUGAAGCGGUGGUCCUGCCGAUGACUCAUAAAGACCGAUUUGUCAACCUUGGAAUUCAUCCACCGAAAGGAGUGCUGUUGUAUGGUCCUCCCGGCACGAAGCGUUUCGAUUCCGAGAAAGCUGGAGAUCGAGAAGUUCAGCGUACAAUGUUGGAGUUGCUCAACCAACUCGACGGAUUCCAGCCGAACGAUGAGAUCAAGGUGAUUGCCGCCACGAACAGAAUCGAUGUCCUCGAUCCCGCACUGCUGCGAUCUGGCCGACUUGACAGGAAAAUUGAGUUGCCACAUCCUAAUGAGGACGCUCGGGCACGUAUUAUGCAAAUUCAUUCAAGGAAAAUGAAUGUGAAGUGA